ACGACGGCGCUCCGGUCGAUACACAAACGAACGCGCGCCCGAACCUAUAUAAAAACGUCGAGCUCCGAGUCCUCCGCCCGCAGAUAAUAUGUAGCCGUGUCGCGUCCCACCACUGCGGCCGAUCCGAUCGCUGGAUCUCUCCCGUUUCCGAAGUGCGUUUUUGUACGAGCGUCGUAUACAUGGUACCUGGUUUCCGGGUCCCUCUGGCAGCCGAUGUCACCGCCGCCAACGCCUCCUCCGUUCGUCCCCUCGUAAAUAAUUUAUAUUUACACAAAAAUCACGAUACGUCGUUUUUCCCGCGUUGAACACCCCCCCGCCGACGGACGGAACCAAACGUCCGCCGCCACUACCCGUUAUACGACAUAUACCACCAGUGUUCCACGAUUUGUAUACCGGACCUGCUGCAGGAAGAAAGGUCAAAAUGUCAACGAUAUCAAGUUUUUGCGAUAUUUUGAUGGUGAAAGUGGUUGGAGAUCCUGAUUGGCGGCAAAGAUUUGUCGUGCUCAGCAAUAGUACACUAUGGAUUUAUGGGGAUGAUCAAGAUCCACGAAGGACAAAAAUUCAUGCAGUAAGAGACUUGGCGGUAUGCCGAAGAAUUUGCGACGGAAGCCACUUAGUUUUGCAUAUCAAAAACAUAGCUAAAUUGGAUUGGUUUAAGAUUAAAUUUAACACAGAGAAACAACUAAUUGCUUGGAAGAAACGUUUGCGCCAAGUAAAAGAAGCUUGGAAUGAAGAGACUUAUUUUCAAUACCUUAAUCAAAAAUCUCAGCUCAGAUCUCCAUAUGAGCCAUUAACUAGGAUAAAUCAACAGGUGCCCAGUAAUAAAUUAUCAAAGCCUCCACGCAUGCCAUUUUCCAGGAGCCGUUCACUUCAAGAAAUAAUAAGUUGGGAAAAGUUACCCAUGACACUCAUUCAAGUAAACAAGGAAAUGCUUUGCGGAAUAAACGACAUAGACGCAAUUUUAGUCAGAGUUCGAUUAUCAAUCUUGGAAAACGAAAUGGCUUACAACAGAGAAAUGGACAAAAUGUUAGUCGCUUUUAAAAAACGAGCUCUAUGGCCAGAUUAUUUCCUGAUGGAUGACAAAUCGUUAAUUGAACAAACGCUAUCUAAAUUGAAGGAGAGUUCAGACACGCUUUUGCACGACGUCGAAGAUAUGUGGCCAGACGCUCCUAUGGUAUUACAGAGUUUGGAUGAUCUAGCUGAUUUGUUAAUUAAACACUUGAAAUCAGUGGCAAGGACCCGAAUGAUCACCUACUGCCAUCUUCUACGGGAUUUUAGGCCUUUCUUACGUAAUAAUCUAGAGAGCGUGGACGACAUAUACGAAGACGUGUACAGCGAACACUUUUAUAUGGAACGAGCGCUUCUGCCGAUCUUCCGGGUCUAUAAGUUAAAAGGCAUAUCUAAAAAGUUGGCUGUCAUGUUAUCCACUGAGAAGGACAGCAACAGCGCACGUUGGAACAAGCUGUUCGACCUGUGUCAGGAGACGCUGACCGAGACGUACGGCGAGCUGUCCAGACUGUUCGGCGACUAUUACGCGCUGAGCGUGACGCAGUUGUUCGCGUUCAGCGACAAGCACGCGGCGUUCGAGCGCAACGGCAACAUGAGCCUGUUCGAGAAGUUUGAACUGGCCAGGGAGGUGAGCGAGAUAUGCGACUCGGUGGUGCCGCUCAUCAAGGUGGUGAUUGUGGAGGGCGGCAAGCGCGGUGAUGGUACCGCGGCGGCCGCGUCUGACGAUGUGGUGGCCGCGGUGGAGGCCGCGGCGGCCGGUCACCGGCGCAGAUGCGGCGCCGACUGCUGGGACGACGGGUACGGGAAGCGGGACGCCCGGCCGUUUGAGAAAAUGACGUGCAAAAAUCCGUUCGGCGCCAUCAUGGAAUACGACGUGGACAGGAAGGCGGCAUGCCGGAAGAACUGCGGCGGCGGCGGCGGCGGCGGCGUCGGCAACAACAAGAACAGGCAGAGGAAGACCGCGGCGGCCGGCAAGUGCAUCGAGCUGAAGGUGUACUCGCGUUCGGUCAACUAUUUCCACGAACAGUUCGACGAACAAGCGGUCGCCUCACUGCCCUACUGACGGGUCGUUUAAUAUAUUAAUAUUAUAUUACGCAUGAUGUGUACGAAGACAUGUAUAAUAUGUGUGUUUUUAGAGACCGAGAGCGGUUGAUAAUAUAGUAGAGGAGGUUCGAUGGGGCGGUCUCGUCCUCAAUCACAAUUAUUUGAAUUUUAUCUAUUACCGUAUAAGAGCGUCGAGAACGAUAUAUAUAUUAAAUUUUUUUUAAAUCGUAAGACAUUACGCCUACGCAUUAUCACACACGCACACACACAUACACACGCGCGCGUGCGCCGUCACAUCACGGCAUUUACCGGCAGUCAGCAGUAAGGGAGGUAUAGGUACACCGGUACAACGGUGGCGUGCCAUGCAGAUUUUUCGAAUGUAGCAGAGGAUAUGGUUUUUUUACUAUUCUCUUUGGACGAAAAAAUAAAAAAAUAUGUAUCCUUGCGUUCAUCCGCGAGUGCUGGUUAAUGUCGCGCGCAAUCAACUUUUAAAAAUCACACAGAAAAAUAUCAAAAAUAUUGAAUUUAGAAUUUUUGGUUUAGACGAUACACUAUGAGAAAUCAAUAGACAAAAAUGAGCCAAAACGAGGAUUCGGUACAUUCAUCCCUCUCUCACCCCCCGCGAGCACGUUCGCGUACAGUACAUCGGCAUUCUGAUACUACGAAUUACGGUCGACCCGGCGUAAUGUACCUACCGAUAAUCCGGAGAGGGCCACGAUUCACGACAAUAGUACAUGGGGCAUACAUCACUUAGGCGAUUCGAGCAAUUCGACCCAAAACGUCAACUGUAUGGGCGAAUAUUUAUUCCACAAAAAAUACUCUUUGGGCGAAUAAGUAUGAAGUAUGAAUAGAUUUAUAGAUAUUUAAAAAUAUUUAUAUGUACCUACUUUAAUUGAAAAAAUGAACAUAAUAAAAUCACAUAUUAUAGGAAACUAUUAUGUCAUAAUAAUGUCACUAUAAUCAAAUAUAUAUAACUACAUAAUUAGUAAUUAAUAAUGAAUUUUUAAAAAAAUAUUAGUACCUACAAUAAUAUUGUAAUAUACCUAUAUUAAUUUUGUCUCCCCAUAAAAAUUCAUACAUCAUUCGUACACGUGAGGAUAAUUAUUACAUUCACCUAAACGGUGUCAGUGGUGUUCGCCCAAAUGGAUUAUGAAGUUUUUGGUCAAAAUUAUUACCACCGCCCACUGAGAGGAAUAUUAAAAAGGUCUCGGUCAGAUAUUUUAUUGAUAAUUUUUUUGAAGGCGGAGAGGAGAAAAUUUACAAUUUUUAGACAAGUUUCGUCGCGAUACAUUAGUAUAAAUACCUACUUAAUAACUACAAGUAUGAGUGCAUUUCUUUUUUUCCCAUCAUAAAUAGUGAACUGUAGAUGAGGCUUAUUGACGGCGCAAUAUCUUAAAAAUAGCAAUAAAAAUAUUAUCAUAUUCAUAAUAAGUAUUUAAAGUUAUUGAAUAUACUGGCGAUGCUACAAUGCGAGAUAAAUCAAACGCAACAAUAGGUACUAUUAAAUUAUAGAGAAUACAUUAUAGAUAUCAAAAGUUUGUAUACAACCACGGUGUGUAAGCUUUAGUUGGUUUACCUAUAGUAGGUACGGUACCUAUACCUACUUAGUUGUUUUAUUUUUAUAUAAACCAUCCCACGAAUAAGAUUAAAAAAAAAAAAUGUUAUUCAAUAAGCCAUAUAUCAAAAUUUGUAUCAAUGAAAUAUAGUUGUAAGAACGCAAUUGCACACAUUUUGUAAUGCCAUUAUAAUGUCAAUAAAAAAAUAAAAUUUCACGGA